CUCUUUUCUUUAUCAAUUAAUUUCCCAAAUAUAUUCAAUCGAACCUCUCUCUCUCUCCCUCUCCCCUCUUAACCCUUCCCCUCGACUGCCCUCGAGAAUCUUCAAUCCCUCGAAUUUCUCCGCCCCUCUUUUUAUUUAGCUCUUCCAAUUCCUCUUUUCUCCCCUCCCUCAAAUUUCUCAAACAUGGAAGGACGAGUCCACUGCUGUUCCGGCGAUUCCGCCACCACCACCACCUCCUCCACCGGCGAGAAGCGUAAGCACGGCGGCGGCGGCGGGGGCAGGACCCAGGCGGAGAAGCCGUACAGGGGGAUAAGGAUGAGGAAGUGGGGGAAGUGGGUCGCCGAGAUUCGGGAGCCCAAUAAGCGGUCCAGGAUCUGGUUGGGCUCGUACUCCACCCCCGUCGCCGCCGCGCGGGCCUACGACACGGCCGUCUUCUACCUUCGUGGGCCCACGGCCCGGCUCAACUUUCCCGACCUAAUUCUCCAGGAGGACCAGCUCCGCGGCGACGACGUCUCCGCCGCCAGCAUCCGCAGGAAGGCCACCGAGGUCGGCGCGAAAGUCGACGCCCUUCAGAGCUCUUCCGCCGCCGCCGCUGCGGUCCACCACCAUACACCCACCUCGUCCUCCGGCGCCGAGGACAGCCACACCACCACCGCCUCCGCCGCCAGACCGCCGCCGCAGAAGCCGGAUUUGAACGAGUAUCCUAAUCCUGAAAAUUCCGACGACGAGGAGGAUUAAGGCGGUGAAUUCGGUAGCAGCGGAAGAUGAGCUUUUUCUUAACUGUCCAUAAUUUCCCACUUUGCCCCUUUGUUUAAUUCUCUAUAUCGCUUGUUGUUUUUUUUUUUUUUUUAUUACUUACGUAUACAGUAGUUUUUUUUUUCUUUCUUGUUUUUGUAUUUGGGUUUGAUGAUAUAUCUUUUUGGGUAGCCUCCGGCGGCCGGAGGAAGGGAUUUUGGCGGCCGGAGGAAGGGAAAUCAAGAGGAGAAGAGGGGGGGAUUGUUGUUUAGGUUUGCGGUGGAGAAAGGGGAGGAAUGGAAUCAAAAACAGGGGUUCUGUUUCUCUGUCUUUUACAUAAGAUGUAAUAGCACCAUAGUACACAGUAAGUAGCUUAGAUGAAGAAGAAGAAGGAGAAAAAAAAAAAAGUAGCCUAGCUUACUCUUCAACUUCUCCUCCUUUUAGUAAAAUUUGCAGUCCAUUUUCCGAUUAGUGGUUUGGAUUUCUGUUUAUUGCUAGAAAAUGAAUUGUUUCCUUGAAUUCGUCCCUCGAAUCGCUGCUAAAUAAAAUAGUUUGGCAUCAUAUGGCAAAUGGGCAUGAAUCCAAACAAAUUUCUGUUUCGAGAAACCUGAGGCUUCAUAUUUUAGUUAAUUUGAGGGCACUUGUCCUCAAUUGUAGUGAAUGGGAAAUGGGAUUUUGAAAAUCCUCCAAAGAUUCGAGUUUGUGUUGGCUUAAAGAGGGGAUUUAACAAACACCGUUGAUAUAUAUCCUUUGAGAGGGAAAUGACCGAACAGGACUUCUCCUCUUGGUCGGUCGGGUUCCUUGGGUUUGGGAGGAUGAGACAAAUCCUAACUACCCGCUUAUGUGAUUAUGGAGUUCGGGUAUUAGCCAUUAGGUAAGGGUCGAGAAAAAAUGGUAUGUGGUAUUUAGCAGUUUUAGCAUAGAAUGUAUUUAGCGAUCCUUAGAUGAUUUGUGGCGUCUGAUGUAUCUUUUCUAAAAUCUUAAUUUACUCGAGUAUUUACCCGGAAAUAUAAGGGUCUGAAUGAC